AAAAAAAAAUGAAUUAAUUUAAAGUAAAAUAAAUUACGAAAUGAAAACCAUUUUUGCGUUUAACUUUUGUGUUUGUUCCAUGAUUUAAAUUCAAAUGAGGGCACCAAAGUAAUUCACACAAUCUAGUAGGACAGUCCUUUGUGCAACUAAGAUACAUUUUUUUAAUAAUCGUAAAUGUUUCAGAAUUUUACACACGUUAUUUGUCUGAACAACAGCAAGAAGAAAAGUUUCAAUAUAAAUCAUGCUAGACCAAGAAAAGUGGUGCUUUUAAUUCAAAUAUUACGGAAUAUUUUUGAAGUUUUACAGUAACCAUCACCCGUGUGUCAUUGAACCGCGGAUUGCCCCCCCCCCCCACCCCGAAGUCAGUCACCCUCCCCUGGCCUCCAUGGUCACACCAAGAUAGAGCAAGGUUGGAACGCCUGGGCGAGCAGCUGAUGACACACAUAGCACAGCGCGCGGCACUGGAUAACUGGUCACAGAGGUAACUACUCCAUUGUUGGCUUUAUUCAAUUUAAUGGAACAAAAUAACUCAGUGAAUUUGUUGUUAAAUCGUGAAUUCAGUCAGACGCCAUAGAUCAGCUUAACUGGGAUAACACACUUAUUAAAUUUAUUUUAAAAAAAUGUGAGUAGACCUAUUUUAAGCUUAAUUCAAAUAAAAUAUAAAAGUUUAGAAAACCUCUAAAUUAAGAAGUCAGAGUUUACCGAAGUUAGAGUUAGGGUUUACUUACCAAAGUUAGGGCUUACUUACCUAAGUUUUAGUUAGCUUUUCAGUUCUCUCAAAUGCUCAAUUAUUUGUCAACAUUCUAGCGAUAAGGAAAUGUGAUGAUAAGUAUAAUCAGUCGUUGGUAUUCUGUAGUCGCGUUGAACUGGCGUAGAAGUCUAUGUCAUUUAAACUUAUCAAAGCUAUUGGUCUAAAUGUAUUGUUUUAAAGGUAUUGGCUACCUACAGGUAUUGGUUUAAAGGUACUGAUUUAAAGGUCUAGAUCAAAAGGUGAUUGUGUAAAGGCAGAGGUUCAAAGUUAUUGGUCUAAAGGUUCAAAGGUAUUAGUUUAAAAGUAAUGGUCUAAAACCUGUAUUAUAGGUUGUUUACGGGGAAAAAUGUUUGCCCCGUGUCUCCCAGACUUGGCAAUACACCUUAGGAUUUAUUCGCAUGGCGGCAAGGACAGGUGUCCACACUGCCCACAGUCUAGUAUUUUUGAUGUUCUACAAAAUGUUCUUAUUUUGUGGUGGAAGAGCGUUAAUUGUAGAUGUGGUAUCGUGUAGAUCUUGACAUUACUUUCAAGUGAGAGGUUGGCAGGAUAAUGUAACUUAAAAAUGUCACACGUAAAUGUGGUGGUGAAAAAUACGAUCUAGCCUACAAAUGUGAUAGUGAAAAAUACGAUCUAGCCUACAAAUGUGAUAGUGAAAAAUACGAUCUAGCCUACUGAGCUACUGUUGACAAGAAUAAUUUUAAAAAAUAAAAUAAUAAUUACUGGAUUAUUUUAGAUAUGAAAUUGUUUUGAUGAUCGGGUUUUCAUAAAUGUAUUUGUCAUUUUAAAAUUAAAAACAAACAUUCAUUAAAUAAAAUAAAAACUCGACAGAAUCUUUGACAGGUAGUUGCCAGCCUAAUGGAGUAUCUCAAUGACCUUGACCUUAACUUUGUUCCUUAACUCUUCGAUGAUUUAAGAAAAUAAAGUCUGGAAUGAUUGGUCUCUUCCUUGCCAGUAGUUUAAGUCAAUGGAAUGGGUUUUUCAAUGAAUAAGUGUUUAAUUGAAUGGGUGUUUAAAUGUUCAGAUACAAGUCAGGAGGCCUAUUUAUAACUGGGAUAUUUUGUUAGCAUUCAGAUUGUCAAAAAAGUGGAAGCUCUGGCCAAAUUUAAGUCAAAGUUCAUUUCACCUCCUUAUCAGUAUACAUUGGUACAAACAGCAUAUCUUUUGUGUACAGUGUUACGAACAGCCUAUCUCUUGUGGGCUUUGCUUUACUGAGCCGAGAGUGUUAUUGAUUUAUUAAGCACACAUCCCAAAUCUUAGUUGUAUGUCCAAAAAAUGUUUAAUAGACAUAUUACAGUUUGUACACAUGCUGUCAUAGACACUGUAUUUUGUACACAUUCUUUCAUAGACAUUAUAGUACCCGUAUGUACAUAUUCUUUCAUAUGCAUAAUAAUGAUAAAGUUUAUUUGACAAUCACGUUUCAUCCCUAAAGGCUCAAAGCGCGGUACAGAGUCAACCAUAUUAAAAGAGAAAUGACACAAUCGAUAUUUGACCACGUUGAAUCACGAAACGCAACAUUACAAAAAUUACAUACGAGCAAACCCAAAGUCUUUGCAUCGCCAUGUCUCUUUAUCCUGUCAUUGACAUAUUAUGUUAGUGUGUAGACAUUCUUUCAUCACAUUUCAGUGUGUACACAUUCUUUUCAAAGACAUUGUAGUCCGUACUCUAUCAGAUACAAUAAGCGUGUACACACAGACAUGCAUGAUUGUAGUCCAUACACAUUAUUUUUUCAAGGCCGUUCAUCUGAAAAAAAUCCCCAUCGCCUUUAUUUUAUUUUUAUCAACACCCCCCCCCCCCCCCCACCAAAAAAAAAAAAAAAAAAAAAAAAAUCCCACACAGGUGAUCUACUGGGCCUCAGUAACAAAAUCAACUUGUACAUCAGCAGACGUGAUCAUUGUGUUCAAGAUUAGUUCAAGAGGACACACCCUUCAUACCACUAGAAUCAUCCUAACAAGAGGUAUCUGCAUCUUUGGUUACCCCGUGGCAAACUUCAAUCAGUUUCACACCAUUACGUUUGUUUACGGACAAUACCCAUACAAAGAGAUCAACCGGUCAAUACCCAUCAUACAAAGAUAUCAACCAGACAAUACCCCUACAGCUAUCAUCAUGUCCAUUGUGUCCAUCCCUGACAAGCUGAAGGAGGAGCUCGAUGCCAGCAAUGACCAGGGAUCGUUUCUGUCCCGCCAGAUUGGAAAGGAGGUCGCAGACGUGAAGAGCCUGGCCUUCUGGCGUGCUGCCCUGGCAGAGUUUGUGGGAUGCCUCCUGUUGGUCAUGUUUACCGUGGGCGUGGGGCUGAAAAAGGAAGGGACGGAAGGGCCUCCAUUGCUGCAGGUAGGGAAAGAAUUUGGUAUAAAACUUCAUCUCUCUCAUUUAUUUAAUUUAGUCUAAUUCCUUGACAUCUCUCUAUCCAUUUUGGGGAAUGGCGCAGCGCUGAAGUUCUGGUGAAGAAUAAUUUUGAAGAGACUUAUUAGGUUUAUCUGGUCAGGGUUUAAAUCAGUGUUUAAGUUAUUGGUUGAGUGAUUUAGUCAGUGUUUAAGUUAUUGGGUCAGUGCUUAAGUCAGUGUUUAAUUUGUUUUGUCAGCGUUUAAUUUGUUUGGUCAAUGUUUAAGUUAUUGGGUUAGUGUUUGUUUAAGUUAUUGGGUCAGUGUUUAAGUCUUUGGGUCAGUGUUUAAUUUAUUGGGUCAGUGCUUAAGGAUUAGAAAUAAAUGAGUGAAACAAAGUAUGGGAAAACCUGAAAAAAGGGACGCAAAAAAUAUAAACAAUGAACCUAUCGACAAGUCGCUCUCUUCAACGAAGCAACUGUAAACCAUGUUUAUCAUUUCUGCUGCUCUACAAUCCGGCAUCCUUUCAAUAUGUCCUGCCCAGCGCAGUCUGCCUUUUUUAAAAAUAUAUUGCGACUAUGGGUGCGUCUUUGUACAAUUAUUUUGUAAGUAUUCUCCAGAUAUCAUUUUCCAUCCCCGGGCCGUAUAUUUUUCUGAUGAAUUUCCUCUCCCAUGUAUUGAGCAGGUUCUCUGCUUUUCUUGGUAAGAGUCCCAGUCUCACUAGCGUGAGAUGAUACUAAAGCUAUAGUGAAAUUACUGCUCACUGUUCAUAAAGAUCUGAUAAAACUGUUCGCCAGCAUGCAGAUCUGAUGAAACUGUUCGCCAGCAUGCAGAUCUGAUGAAACUGUUCGCCAGCAUGCAGAUCUGAUGAAACUGUUCGCCAGCAUGCAGAUCUGAUGAAACUGUUCGCCCGCAUGCAGAUCUGAUGAAACUGUUCGCCAGCAUGCAGAUCUGAUGAAACUGUUCGCCGGCAUGCAGAUCUGAUGAAACUGUUCGCCAGCAUGCAGAUCUGAUGAAACUGUUCGCCAGCAUGCAGAUCUGAUGAAACUGUUCGCCAGCAUGCAGAUCUGAUGAAACUGUUCGCCAGCAUGCAGAUCUGAUGAAACUGUUCGCCAGCAUGCAGAUCUGAUGAAACUGUUCGCCAGCAUGCAGAUCUGAUGAAACUGUUCGCCAGCAUGCAGAUCUGAUGAAACUGUUCGCCGGCAUGCAGAUCUGAUGAAACUGUUCGCCAGCAUGCAGAUCUGAUGAAACUGUUCGCCCGCAUGCAGAUCUGAUGAAACUGUUCGCCCGCAUGCAGAUCCCAUUCGAGGUGAAAUGCCAGCCGCAUUUCGACUUCACGAUCCGGAUGCAUGGCCGCCAUUAUCUGACAUGGUUAAGUGCUAUUUAAUUUUACAUGCAUGUCCCAAAGCAAAAGUCACGUGAUUGCUAUCAAGAUACGAUAAUCCCUGGCAAAGCCGGUCACUUAGAGUUCAAAUUGGUUUGAAAAAGUUCUUCCAAACGGACAAAUGUUCACCGUCAAUGGAUUGUGUCAAGUGUUUCUAAAGAUAAAGUUGCCUGUUUUCAUACUGUUUUCCUUGUAUGCUGUUUUCCCGUUGCAAAAAAUUAAAUUUUUGGAUCCAAAGACGGGAUUUUCUGACUGGAGCCAUGUUAGUCCAAGAGUGUGGAGCCAUGUUAGUCCAAGAGUGUGGAGCCAUGUUAUCCAAGAGUGUGGAGCCAUGUUAGUCCAAGAGUGUCUGAACACGAAACAGCCCUGAACACAGAAACUGUUCUAUGAUGUGCAAAGAUGUUGCAAUCCGUUUGAAAGAAGGUCGAAUGAUUGCUUGCUAUUUUCAUAAAGUAAAUAGGCUUGAAAGUGGUAAAAUAUACGAACAGUAGUCAUUGGUGCUAUUUUGUUCAGUGCUAACAAUUCUUCUUCUGUAUAUUAAGAGCCCACUAUCAAUGUUCUUAUCAUUCUAGCUCCUUCGUGUGUAGAGGGGAUUGUCGAAUGUUUUUAUGCUUGGUAAUGAAGAGCAUAUUUCACUAGAUGCAAGGGGUACACAGCGAGGGUAUCAGGAACUGGGGGUUGAAAGGCCACAGGCAAUAGACGCAAAUGUGUCAAAUGUUGUCGCCUCAACUAUCCCUUUUGGAAGCUUGUUCCAGUCCCUAAUUGUCUUUGGCAGGAAUGAGCAGUUCCCGUACUAUGUUCUUGCUCUUACCAGCCGGAACUGCCUGUCGUGGCCUACUAGAGACACCAUUUGAGAACCACGUGGGGGAUUUUUUUUUUUUUUUUGAAUACCAUAGAAUGAAUCGGCCGUGAUCAUCUACGUUUAGCUGAACACAUUGCUGACUGAUCACAUUGCUGGUUGAACACGACACCAGACACAAGUCUGACAUAUCUUUAGCCUAAAAUUCAUACUGAACGUAUAACACUUAGCGGAUGCAAUAAUUAAAAGCGAAAUUAUUUCAAGAAUUCAGGCUGCCAAAUAUUGUUCUCUUCCCUUUGACUGUACACCUGAUGUACAGCUGUCUGAAAUAAUACACUAUGUUUUGAUAGAAGACAGCUAUUGAUUGAUCAAGGAGAGCUUUGUAGAUUUGACUGAAGGUCAUGGAACGACUGUUUCCGGUCAUGUCAAAGAAAUUACGUAAAAAGUUAGAAAAAGAUGGCAGCAGGGUUCAAGGUUACGACAACGGCGCCAACAUGGCCGGAAAAUAUAAAGCAGUGCAAGCCAAAAUAAUGAGUGUGACAGAUUUGGCAUUAUUUUUAAUAGGGUUACAUUUUUUGGUCGCGUUAACAUUUUUUUUUCUCUCUAGCUCUCGGAGCUUAUCAAUUGUUUAAAUUGACUAUGAUGUGGUUAGUUAUAUAAAAACUAGAACAUGGUUAUUGAUGAUUUUGAGUUAUCAAAAGUACAUUUGGAGAAGACGGCUGGCGGAGAAAUGGACCAGUCCAACCAUUUAAAAUGAUAGAAUUGUACCAGCGAUAUUUUUACUACCCAAUAAAGAUUUCAGUGCUAUUUUAAUUGUGAAGGGAGAAUAAACCGAAGGGACUAUAUAUAAAACUGCAGCUUUUUACCGAAUAAGUCUAUUUCUUUUCUAUUAUUAAAUAUAAUUUACAUUCGAAAUUUAGGCUGGGUAGCAAAAUAUGGGGACGCCAGCUCAUGCAAGGCACAGGGCGGAAAUAUAGCUUGGUACUGUGCUGCGUUAAACACACGAGAACCUCUGCUUUUGGAAAGAAUAGAUCCAUUAGUUUAAAAGUCCCACUGGUGCACGUUAAGAUGUCACAAACAUUUAGUUUGAUAUUCCAUCAUUAAAUUACAAGUUCCAUUGGUGCAUAUUAAGAUAUCACUAAAAAAAAAGUAUGAAAUUCCAUGAUUAACUGCCUCUACAAACAUGAGAACCACUCGUUGGUCAAGACAAACUAUCCUUCCUUAUCAGUAAAGCCGUUAAAGACUUAUCAUGAUAAGUUAAAAGACGCACUUGACUUUCCCAUUAUCCGUCUUUACAAAGACACGCAUAUCAUUUUACACGGUGCUUCUAUGUUGACACUUGGGGGUGGGGGGUGGGAGCGAAAGUUUAACUUUGAGGCCCAACUGAACCCGGAAAAUGUUGACGUUGCUUAAUUAGCCAGACGACAACUUGAGACUAAACUUACCUUCUGUGAUGACACAAUAUUGUCCUCUUGCUGCGGCUACCCAUCAGCAACGAGCAGGGAUUCCGUUCCGAUGAUUCAGUUAAAAAAGCUGUUCAAUUUGUGGUCGCCCUUAAAAGGAUCCUUUGUUCCGUGAAACUUUCACGGCCACAGUUUUCUAACGUCCUUUUGUUCAAACUUUCUUAAUUCAAACUUCAAUUAAUUCAUACUUUCUUAAUUCAAACUUCAAUUAAUUCAUACUUUCUGUAAUUCAAACUUCAAUUAAUUCAUACUUUCUGUAAUUCAAACUUUCUUUAUUUCAACUUUCUGUAAUUCAAACUUUCUUUAUUUCAACUUUCUUUAUUUCAAACUUUCUUUAAUUCAAACUUUCUUUAAUUCAAACUUUCUUUAAUUCAAACUUUCUUUAAUUCAAACGUCCUCUAUUUCAAACUUUCUUUAAUUCAAACUUUCUUUAAUUCAAACGUCCUCUAUUUCAAACUUUCUUUAAUUCAAACUUUCUUUAAUUCAAACUUUCUUUAAUUCAAACUUUCUUUAAUUCAAACGUCCUCUAUUUCAAACUUUCUUUAAUUCAAACGUCCUCUAUUUCAAACUUUCUUUAAUUCAAACUUCCUCUAUUUCAAACUUUCUUUAAUUCAAACUUUCUUUAAUUCAAACUUUCUUUAAUUCAAACGUCCUCUAUUUCAAACUUUCUUUAAUUCAAACUUUCUUUAAUUCAAACUUUCUUUAAUUCAAACGUCCUCUAUUUCAAACUUUCUUUAAUUCAAACUUCCUCUAAUUCAAACUUUCCUUUCAUUGAACCUUUAAUUCAACCUUUCAUUGAACCUUUAAUUCAAACUUUCCUUUCAUUGAACCUUCAUCUAAUUCAAACCUUCCUUUCAUUGAACCUUCAUCUAAUUCAAACCUUCCUUUCAUUGAACCUUCAUCUAAUUCAACCUUCCUUUCAUUGAACCUUCAUCUAAUUCAAACUUCCUUUCAUUGAACCUUCCUCGAAUUCAACCUUCCUUUCUUUGAACCUUCCUCUAAUUCAAGCCUUCCUUUCAUUGAACCUUCCUUUAAUUCAAAACUUCCUUUUCUUUGAACCUUCCUUUAAUUCAAACCUUCCUUUACCUCCACACAGGUCGCCAUUGGCUGCGGCUUCUUCAUCGCUGUGAUCAUCACGGCCCUGUCGACGGUCAGUGGAGGUCACGUUAACCCGGCCAUCUCCAUCGGAUUCUUGGUCACAGGACAGAUCACCUUUAUGAGGUCAGCGUGACAUUAAGCAGGCCCGGGGAAACCAAGGCCAUAGAAUCUUAUCAUUUAAACCAGAUUAUAAACAUGCGUAUGCUCUAUUAAAAACCUGACCGCAAAUAGCACACGUUACAAAUAGUUUAUCCCAAGUUCAAAUUAGGUCAUCGCCACCCAGUUAAGGGAAAUUUUUAAAGGUUAUCAUGAGAAUAUUCCAUUACUGCCAAGGUUAGGGGUCGUUCUCAAAUUACUCCACGCUAAAAAUUACCUUUUCAGACCCCAUCUCCCCCAUCAAAAAGUGUCACAAAUUCUUUACCACCCCCCCUCCCCAGUGUCACGUCACACCUAAAAAAAUAUCAAAACAUACAUAAAAUUUGCGUAACUAAAAUAAUAUUGUAUUCUUUAAAAUUUUCCCAAAAUGGAUUAAGAUGUAGUAAUAUUAGAAAGCUGUGACGCGAAACCACGGAGUCAUUAACAAUCCAAAUGUAAAAUGGCCACAACAGUUUUUGAGACAUUUUUCGAUAUGGGCAGAAGGUGUGUGCACAACUGAGUUUCAAGGUACCUAUAAUACCUGAGGCAAUUUUGAACUGAAAUUAAUAAUUUUUUAAAUUAAUUUAAUAAAGAUUUUUCAAAAUUAGAAAAAUAAAUAAUUUUAAAAAAAUAAUUAAAAAAAAAUCGUAAUGUCAAAUUUAUUUUACAAACAACCACAAAUUUAUUUUACCCCCCCCCCGGGCCCCCCUGUCACAAGUGUCACAAAUUCUCGACCCCCCCCCUCCCCAACCUGAGCGUGACGUAAUUUGUGAACGGGCAUGACCUUUCAACGCCCCACCCCAAUUACAUGAAAACUCUCCACCCCAAUAAAAACUAUCUACCUCAAUUAGCUGAAAAAUCUCCAUCCAAAAUAAUGUAAAAAAAUAGAAAAAUCCGGUCAUUCCUAUACAAUUUAAUCAGACAUUUUAACAAUUUUUCCAUUUUACAAAUCAACAUUUUAAGAUAAAACAAAUUGAUACGGUUUUGCAAGAAUCCUAAAAUAAAUGUGUCUAACCCAUCUAUUACUUCCUUUUAAUAUUUCACAAAAAAGUAAUUUUAUCUAUAAACCAUGUCAAUCUCAAUCUCUUUAGCGAGGCACGAGGCUUUUCAACUAAAUCAAACUAAAUGUGUUUUGAGCCAUAACUAAAUGUGUUUUGAGCCAUAACUGAAUGUGUUUUGAGCCAUAACUGAAUGUGUUUUGAGCCAUAACUGAAUGUGUUUUGAGCCAUAACUGAAUGUGUUUUGAGCCUUAACUGAAUGUGUUUUGAGCCAUAACUGAAUGUGUUUUGAGCCAUAACUGAAUGUGUUUGAGCCCUCACUGAAUGUGUUUUGAGCCAUAACUGAAUGUGUUUUGAGCCAUAACUGAAUGUGUUGUGAGCCAUAACUGAAUGUGUUUUGAGCCAUAACUGAAUGUGUUUUGAGCCAUACAUGUUCAGAAACACGCAGGGGGCGUCAACAAUAAAGACUAAAAAAUGUGUUUGGGGGGGGGGGGGGCUAUUGCAUGGUUUAAAUUCUUUUAUUACAUUUAUUAAAAAAACAACAACACAUUAUUCGGUGGAGCACAUUCUAAGUGCCCGAUCCUACAAAAUUCCACAAGACAGUCAGACGAUAGGCCUACUCCACCCCCAGAUAGGCCUACUCCACCCCCAGAUAGGCCUACUCCACACCCAGAUAGGCCUACUCCACACCCAGAUAGACCUACUCCACACCCAGAUAGGCCUACUCCACACCCAGAUAGGCCUACUCCACACCCAGAUAGGCCUACUCCACACCCAGAUAGGCCUACUCCAUACCGGUCCUUUCAAACAUAUGUUCCCUGCAUUCACCCACCACUCCCCCCCCCCCCCACACACACACAUGUUCCCGACACCCACAAAAUGUCACAGUCACAGUUUUUCCCCCCGGGGUUACAACUAGGUCAACAUGUUAACCUUGGUAGCCACAAUUUGAAAUUCCCACUGACUCCCAGUAAAGAAUGAAAAGCCAGGAAAUGGACCUGAUCACAACGUCUUUACCGUACUACGACUUACGCGCAGUGAUCUGCUUUUUGAUUGGUCUGUGAGAUGUCGUAAUAACUGUGCUCAGUGAUGCAGAACCAGAACAUUUUGAAUUUCUGGGCUGGGAAACGCAGAAAAACCUUCCACCUGGUUUUGCAUGACUCACGAAUUACGAUGGAUAGUGUCAGCGUCAUCCCACUUUGAUUAAAUGCGUUUUAAAAUAUCGCGCAUUGAAAGGGUUUAGAGUUCAAAGUUCACACUAGAGUCUAGAGGCCUAACAGUUAAUUAAUGCUAUAAUUACUGUAAAGUUUUGCUGUACAGAACCUACUUGAAAAAUAUAUAUUGAAACAAAGAUUUAAAGAAUUAAUAAAUUAAGACCAAAUUAAGAUUAAAUUAAGACUAACCUAGCACUAAAAUUUGACUAUAUUUAGACUAUAUUUAGACUAUAUUAAGACUAUAUUAAGGAUAAAUUAAGACUAUAUUAACUCCAUUAAGACUAUAUUGACUCCAUGAAUAAUACAUUAACUCCAUUAAGAAUAAAAUAAGAUUAUAUUAUGUCUAAUUUAAGACUCUAUUAAGUCUAAUUUAAGACUCUAUUAAGUCUAAUUUAAGACUAUAUAAUGACUAAAUUAAAACUAUAUUAAGACUAAAAUAAGACUAAUUUAAGACUAUAUUAAGUAGACUGUACUAAGACUCUUUUAAGACACCUAUUCUUUGCUGUUGUCUCAGAUUCGUCGUGUACACUCUCUUCCAAACAACGGGAGCUGUCGCAGGGGCGGGGCUCUUGAAGGCCAUGGUGCCAAACACCCAUAUCGGCACCAUCGGGGUCCUUAGCCCUUCUGAGGGGGUCACCACAUCGGAGGCCCUGGGCGCGGAGGUCGUCAUCACAUUUCUGUUGCUCUUUGUGACAAUGUCAUUGGUAAGAUUUUGUGACAAUGUCAUUGGUAAGAUUUUGUGACAAUGUCAUUGGUAAGAUUUUGUGACAAUGUCAUUGGUAAGAUUUUUGUAACAAUUUUACCAGGGAAUUAUUUCAUUGAAGGAACUUUGUCAUCUGAAAAUAAAGUUGGUUAAAAAAUCAUGAGUGCAAACUUUUUGUGAGAUAUUGCACAAGAACAUAAAGUCUUAAUGUUGUUUUUGAUUGGACAAUGUAAUGUCUAUAUGUAGUCAAUGUAAUGUCUAUCUGGAGAAAAUUUAAUGUACGUCUUUAGACAAAUAAUGUCCAUCUGUAGAUAAUACAAAAGACAAGUUUAAACUAAGAUCUGUCAUUUGUCCCUCAUUCAGGUGGAUGCAGGCAGGACAGACAUGCAGGGUUCCGUCCCACUGUUGGUCGGUCUCACAGUUACAGUCAACAUUCUCUUUGGGGUAAACAUAGACUCUCUCUUCAUCAUCCUGACUUAUCAGCUUGACAUAGACUCUCUCUUCAUUAUCCUGACUUAUCAGCUUAACAUAGACUCUCUCUUCAUCAUCCUGACUUAUCAGCUUACAUGCAUUCAAUAUUUGUAUCUGAAAUUGGUGAUGUUGAAGAAGGGGUGAUGGUGAAUUAGUGGUGAUGGUGAAGUGGUGCAAUGUUGAAGUAGUGGUGAUGUUGCAGUGGGGGUGAUGUUGAAGUAGUGGUGACGUUGAUGUGGUGGUACAUUGAAUUGGUGGUGAUCUGAAGUAGUGAUGAUGUUGAAUUAGUGGUAAUGUUGAAGUUUUGGUGAUGUUAAAGUAGUGGUGAUGUUGAAGUAGAUGUGAUGUUAAAGUAGUCAUGAUGUUGAAAUGCGGAUGAUGUUGAAAUAGUGUUGACAUUGAUGUGGUGGUGAUGUUGAAUUAGUGGUGAUGAUGAUUUGGAGGUGAUGUUGAAUUAGUGGUGAUGUUGAAGUGUUGGUGAUGUUGAAGUAGUGGUGAUGUUUAAGUAGUGGUAAUGUUGAUGUAGUGGUGAUGUUACAUAGUUAUUUGAAUAUGCUGUUUCUCCCAGUGAAGACCACCUUCUUACAAUUCCUCAAUGUCUUAUGUGGUGUUUAUGUCAUAUUAAUUGAGAGCUUUAAUUGAGCUUGACGUGAACCAUGACUGUCUGUCAAUCUUAAUGUCUGCAUGUCAAUAUUAAUGUCUGUCUGUCAAUAUUAAUGUCUGCAUGUCAAUCUUAAUGUCUGUCUAUCUUAAGGAUUUUUUUCAAUUAUUUUAACCAACUGCUCAACUUUGUCACCAUUUAUUUAUAAUUUAAAAACAUAAAUUUCAAAAUAAUCUUAAUAAAAAAUUUCAAAAUAAUCUUAAUAAGAAAUUUCAAAAUAAUCUUAAUAAGAAAUUUCAAAAUAAUCUUAAUAAGAAAUUUCAAAAUAAUCUUAAUAAGAAAUUUCAAAAUAAUCUUAAUAAGAAAUUUCAAAAUAAUGUUAAUAAAAAAUUUCAAAAUAAUCUUAAUAAGAAAUUUCAAAAUAAUCUUAAUAAGAAAUUUCAAAAUAAUCUUAAUAAGAAAUUUCAAAAUAAUCUUAAUAAAAAAAUUUAAAACAACUAAAGGAAGUAAAGAAGGUCAUAAGUUAUACAAAUUUUUCCCUUUGUAAAAAAAAAUGCUGACAUUGAUGAAUGAAAUCAAUGCUGUAGAAAAUAAUGAAUAUUUGAUACUUACUCUCUUGCUGUUGUUCAGGCCAACAUAUCUGGGGGCUGCAUGAAUCCUGUGAGGGGCUUUGGACCAGCUCUGGUGCAAGAAGAAUUUACUUAUGUUUGGGUAAGGCUAAAAUGUAAUUAUGUCUUCAUGACUUGUGGGGCGUAUAGCUCCAUUUAUGCUUUACAACAAACGAACAAAUCUUUACUGUAAAUCUUACAUUGCACAACUUACAUAAAUUGACGCAGUGUCAUAAUAAUGAAGCAUUUAUUAAGCUGUUUUGCAGUCAUAACUUUUUUUGGGUGUAAAGUCAAUUUUAGUCUAUAUUUUAAGGGUAGCAUAAGAAUAAGAUGAGUUUUGGGUGGUUAGAUAGUGCCAGGGUAGUGGAGUAUUGGAAUCCAAACAUCUCGGAUUCUCUGAAAGUGCUAGGUUUAGUUUAUAUACCCAGGCAAGCAUGCGGGUCAAAUGGUUGUUUGGUUGUAGUCCAUCAGUCGGAUAGUUGUAGUCAAUCAUUUGGAUGGUUGUAUGGUUGUAUUUCAUCAUUAAGAUGAAUGUGCUCCAUCAGUCAGAUUGUUGUAGUCCAUCAGUUGGAUGGUUGUGGUCCAUCAGUUGGAUGGUUAUAGUCCAUCAGUUGGAUGGUUGUGGUCCAUCAGUUGGAUGGUUGUGGUCCAUCAGUUGGAUGGUUGUGGUCCAUCAGUUGGAUGGUUGUGGUCCAUCAGUUGGAUGGUUGUGGUCCAUCAUUUGGAUGGUUGUGGUCCAUCAGUUGGAUGGUUGUGCUCCAUGAGAUAAGGAAGACAUCUAUUCAGUAUCCAUAUUAUGAACGCCAGGGACAUAACUCAUAAAAUAACUACCUUGACACGGGGUCGGUAGCUGUUCAUGAAAACUUCGUUGUAAACCGGAGCAAGGGAGACAACCCUAUAAAAAACAUGCAGCUGAUGGUUGUACUGGGUUAUGUGCAAUAAAAGAGCUGAAAGUCUAAGACGCUACAAAAGAAUUAUAACAACAUUUAGACAUAAGACACCACUAGACACUUUAAGACACCAUAAGACAUGAAUUACCACAAUCGUGAUUCGAUGUUUCGAUCAGGAGAUGAUCACCUGACAGCAGGCCAAGACAUGAAAAUACAAGAAUAGAUUAUGGCUUUAAGUUAAAUAAAAGUCACAUUUAUCAGCCUGAUCAUCAUGUGAAAAGUCACAUUUAUCAGCCUGAUCAUCAUGUGAAAAGUCACAUUUAUCAGCCUGAUCAUCAUGUCAAAAGUCACAUUCAUCAGCCUGAUCUUUAUGUUUUAAAUAUACAUUUGUUUUAUUUAUGUUAAUUAUUUUUUAAAAAGUUUAUGAUUAAAUUUGUUAAAUGGUCUGUACAGCGGGGUGAGGCUGGGGUACCAUGCUAUAUAAAACCACUUACAAUAAUAAUAAUGUUAAAAGUCACAUUGAUCAACCUGUUAUAACUUAAGUUCGUUAUUUUAAACAUGUUUCGCAAUCUAUGAGAUGAUCCAUUCGUUUCUACUGAAUCCCAUCUCUGAUGAAUAUAACAGAAGUGUUGCUAUAAUUUAUGACAUUUUGACUGAAUCAUUCUCUGUUAUAUUCAUCUGAGAGGGCUUCAGUCAAAAGGUCAUAGAUCACAGGUCAAGGAAUAGCUGUAGCACCAAUUAAAAGAGCUACACAAGUUGAAAAAACUUUAAAACUUCCUUUCUCCACCACAAAUCCUUUUUGAAAACACUACCCAGUAGCCAAUCACUUGUUUUCAUCUAAAUGUCCUGGCCUUAACCCUAACCAUGCAGUAGCCAAUCACUUUCUUUCUUCUAAUUGUCCUAAUCUUACCCUAGCCCUAAUCUCUCUUCAGUAAUUUAAUAGAUCAUGUUGUUUUUCUCAACAGAUUUAUUGGACAGGACCUAUGAUCGGGGCAGUAGCUGGAGCACUGACCUAUGACCUUCUGUUUGCCACGAAACCUUUUGGUCUCAGAAGGUCUUGCACGGCUACUGCUAGGGCUUCAUUGGAAAAUAAGUAUAGGGAGGAAGAAGGUCAUGGUCUCUUGCUCCAGAAAUACAAGGAUGAGACCAAGCCGCCCAUCUACAAGAAGCCCAGACAGGAGGAGCCUGUACAAACUCUAAUGUACACAAAGACAGAUCAAGAGGAGAAAGAUCCUGAAGAGCUGUACCAGAAAAAAAGAAAGCAUGAAAAAGAUCAUGGGGACCUGUACACCAAACCAAGACACCAAGAGAUGGAUAAACCUUGUCUGACUCACAAGGGGGGCAAAGAUCAAGAUCAAGCUAACCAUCGGUACAACAAAGAUCAUGACAGAGGAUUCCAGAGAAAUGACAGAGAUGACCAGGACUACGAUCGCUCGCACCAGAAAAACAGACGCCCUGACCAGGAGAGGGAUUACCAGAAACGCUACACCGAAGAUGAGGACAGUGAUUAUUCCUAUCACAAAACCAAAGAUGAGGGCAGGGUCCUGGGGAGGAAGUAUCAGAAGAAUAGAAAUCAAGAGCAGGCCAAAAGUCAGGGGUACCAGAAAUCUAAACAUGAGCCGCAGCAAGGGAAUGGGCUCCUGCAGCAGAGGACCAAAAUGGGGGAGAUCUCCAAGUCCAAUGUGAGCGCGGUGUGACCUGGGCAUCCUGAUGGACAACGCUGUUAACAUUGUGUCCUUUUGAUUAGGGUGACCUGUGUAACCAUGGUGACAUUAAAAUUAAGUUUUUGUUGAUAUGUGAAUAAGGGCAGCCAUCUUGCAUUUUAUUCAUCAUUAGUUCUAUUCUAUGAUGUUAUAUGAAACAUUCCAGUUUCACAAACCCUGUACCAAUUAACAAUUUGGAAAAAAUAUACAUCUUCAUAAAUAUAAACCAUCACAUCAUUCUCAACAAACAUUUAUUUGUGAUGAAAAAUUCACAUCAUUUGAUUUCCACUUGACAUUGACAAAUAUGAAAUUGAAAUAUAUUUUUAUUUUGUACAAAUUCAAGUAUAUUUACAACUUUGAAGGUUACAUUUGAAUAUUCUUAAAUAAUAUGUAACUUUGAAAUAAUGUUGAAACUGGAAUUGAAUAAAUUUUACAAAUUUUUUACAGUUAUGGCAUCAUAAUUACAAACCGGUUAAGAUGAAAAGUUCUGACAUCAUAAUUACAAACCGGUUAAGAUGUACAGCUUUGACACAUUAUUUUAAAACAUAAUUUCAAAACUUUUCAGUGCAUUAUUGAUGAUUGUAUGUAUUUUUUGUUUGAUUGUGUAGCACUUUUUAGCAAAAUCUUUUGUUUUAUGAUGUGUCCUUGCAAUACAUUUGUCCAAUGGGAAAGAGAUGGGACACUGCUAUGUUUAAAUAUUAAUAUAAUAGAAUCACAUUAAAAUUUCUGAUCACAAUGAGUGAUACUUGGCAAGACAUCACAUUUCUGAUCACUUUGCAUGACAUUACAUUUGCGAUCACAAUGAGUGAUACUUGGCAAGACAUCCCAUUUCUGAUCACAAUGAGUGAUAAUUGGCAUAUAGGGUAUUGAGUCAUUUCCUUUUUUGAAUUGUAACAUUUUUCUUGUAACUUUUCAUUUGUGACAAUUUUAUUUGUAACAAUUUCAUUUGUAACCAUUUCAUUUGUAACAAUUUCAUAUGUAAAAAUUUCUUUUUGAGCAGUUUCAUUAACGAUUUCUCUGAUAAAUGUUCACUUUUUAACAUUUCCUGGAACAUUUCUAUAUUAUCUCUAAUGUAAAUGUUCAUUUGUGAUGCUUCCAUUUGAACAAAUAUUGUGUACAACAUAGGGGCUGACAUCCGCCUUUAAAUAGGACAGGUCCCUUUUGUCAUAUUGGUUGUGAUGUGUUUCAUCAGCCACUUAUUUUUUAAUAUUGUGUGACUCAUUUGUGACUCAUUAAGGGUUUGUAUGUGAGUCAGUGUUAACUCUACAUAGCCCAUAUCCUUUAGUUUCUUGCCGAUUCUCCGAUGUUAUCAUAAUUCGUUAGGGAUUUCUUGUUUUUGAACAUUUCCCGUGGAGCUUUACAUUUUCAAAAUUAAAUUUCAAAUGUAAUAUUUCCUAUAUAAAUGUGAGCAAUAUAUUUAGAAUAGAUUUAUAAAGGAAAAACUAAUUGAUAAAAUUUGUUGUUUUAAUUAGUGAGGGAUAUUGAAGUUUGGAACUAAUUUAUUUUACAUGAUUGUGUGAUUCCACCUUCAUAUUUUGUUAUAUCUUGAACUUUGGCAUCUUGACCUUGGGCAUUUUGAACUUUGGCAUCUUGACCUUGGGCAUUUUGAACUUUGGCAUCUUGACCUGGACAUUGUUAUAAUGUACAUUUUCAAACAUUCAUUGUUGCUAGAGUAGAGUAUGAUGAUCAAGGUCAUCUGUUCGUACCACUUUAAGCAUGUUAUGAAGUUUUGUAUAGUACCGGUAUAUGUUAAGCGAUAAAUAAUAUUUAGUAGAUUUUUAUGUUAAUGAAAAAUGACUGUCUCAUUACACUAUGGGAUUAACCUGGAUACUAGAGUUAACAGCUUAAAAAAAAUCCAAGCUUGUAUUUAAUGUCACAUAAAGAAAUGGCGUCAGCGGGCCCUCGAGCUAAUGCUCUUUGUGUCCC